CUAUUCUUGUACGUGCUAUGUACGUGCUCAUAAUCACAUCAUAACACCUUUCCAUUGUAAACUAUUGUAAAGCCAAUYAUCAUUCACACCUAAGCGUCAGUUCUCACACUCCAGACAAGACAUGGCAGAAGCGGAAACAGAGAAAGCCAAAAGAACUGUCCUUAUUCCUGUUGAUGGCAGCGAAAAUGCAAGCGAAGCAUUUGAGUUUUAUUUAAAGCAAGUUAUUCAACGAGGAGAUAGAGUUGUUGUUCUUCAUGCAUUUGAGCUUCCUCCACUACCAUACUCAUCAGGGCCUUGCCAUUGCAUUCUUAAUAAUGUGCCCCAACAAGAAGAAGGAAUAAAUGAUAAUGUUGUUUUUGCUUACUAUGAAGAAUGGAGCCAGAUGGUCAARGAAACCAGACAAGCACAUGAAGUGAUGUUACGAAGUUAUGARGAUCAAUUGAAACAAGUUAAUGGUGAAGAACCAGGGAAAGAACCUGAUGAAAAAUGUAAAAAAGACAAAAAGAUUCAUUACGAGAUCAUCAUGGUUGUGGGUAAACCUGCCGGCGAAGUCAUCUGCCAGGUCGCAAAGGAUGAAAAUGUUGACUUAAUCAUAAUGGGAACACGUGGYCAAGGCGUGGUUAGACGUACGUUCAUGGGAAGUGUUAGUGAUUAUGUUGUACACCAUGCUCAUAUCCCAGUAGGAGUCAUCCCACGUCAGUGUCAAUCAUAAAAUGAGAAAUAAUUUAGCAAUGAUGAAAUUUCAACUAUUUUAGUAAUUUAGAUUCAGAUACCAAUUGCAUUCGAAACAACUUACAAUGAAAUAAAAUCCUUACAACUUGUUA